AUGUCGAAACUGAAGGAGUAUCUGCAUGUGGACUACAAGCCAGGCGAGAGACGUCUGGUCCAGAAGAUUGACUUUUUUAUCUUGACAUUUUGUUGUCUGAGUUAUCUUGUCAACUAUUUGGAUCGGAAUAACAUCAAUAAUGCCUAUGUUUCUGGUAUGAAGGAGGAUCUUGGGUUUGAGGGUGAUCAAUUGAACCAGAUCUUUACCUGUUUCACAGUUGGUUAUGUCAUCGGUCAGGUUCCUUCAAACCUCUCUCUACAAUACAUCAAACCUCGCAUCUGGUUCCCUCUCAUGAUGGUUCUCUGGGGCGGCCUCACAAUGGUCACCGCCUCAGUCCAAAGCCCAAAGUCCAUCAUGGCAAUCCGCUUCUUCCAAGGUAUCUGCGAAGCAUCAACCUUUGUCGGCACCCACUACAUCCUCGGAUCGUGGUACACAGAGCGAGAACUGGGCAAGAGGAGUGGUAUCUUCACAGCCUCAGGUCUAGCUGGAACCAUGAUUGGAGGUUUCAUCCAGACUGGCAUUCACGCAAGUCUGGAUGGUAAGAGUGGACUGAGCGGUUGGCGAUGGCUGUUCAUUAUUGACGGUCUUAUUACCAUCCCUAUCGCUAUCUAUGGAUUCUUCUUGUUUCCUGAUACGCCGCAUACGACUACCGCAUUCUAUCUUUCGGAAGACGAGCGGGCUCUGGCUAUUUCCCGCGUUCCUCCGGCUGAAGAACGUCCUAAACUCACGUUUGGCUACGGAAAGAUGGUUCUUACGUCUUGGUUCUGGUGGGGAUUUGUUAUCCUCUGGGUUAUUGCAGGCGAGACAGAGUCUUUCAGUACAAACGCGCUCUUUGCUCUGUUCCUCCAGAACCAUCCUACCAACACGUACACCGUCGCGCAGAAGAACAACUACCCUAGUGGUGUCCCAGCAGUUGGCAUUGUGUCUACCCUUUUCUGGGCAACUUUGACGGAUUUCUUGUCUGGCAAGCGAUAUCUUGUUGGUUACUUUAUCGGCAUCACGGGUAUCGCGACAUCGAUCAUGGUCCUCGUUGCCUCCAGAGAUCCAACAAACCCACAUUCGACAACUGUUGUUUUCGCGUCUUACUACUGGGCUGGAUCCGUGUAUGCGUGCCAAGCUACAUUCUUUGCCUGGUGCAACGACGUUAUGCGCUAUGAAUCAGCCAUGUUCCGCGGUAUCGUCCUUGCUGGAAUGAAUACAGGCAGUAAUGUUAUCAACGCCUGGUGGAGUAUUGUGUUCUAUGGUGCUUCAAUGGCUCCCUGGUUUAUUCGAGGAAUGUGGGCAAUGAUUGCAUGUAGUAUCGCCAUGAUUAUUUGGUGCGCUGCUUUGACUUGGAGAACUCAUAAGUAUAUGCAGACUGCGACGGUUAAUUCCGAGAGACAUAGCGUGGAGCAUGAGAAGCACGAGAUGGGAAAGGAAGAGGCAUGA